AUGGCAUACUUCGACAUGCGACAGCCACGCAGUAGCAACCGGACCACUGCCCUUGGCAUCCUCCUAGGGGUUGUCUUUAUCUACUUCCUUUACAGCAUUCACAACACCUCGAUCGACCAGUCCGAACUGCGCUUACGAGUCCAGACGUCCGCCGCCGAAAACCCUCUCUCUCCUCCCACCUCGGCCUUUCGCAAGCAAUCCAAUGCCCAAAAUGCUCGUGGUGUUCGCCGUCCGCCUCCCGUCGUGCACUAUCAGCUCAAUAACUUGACCGCCUCGGCAUAUCCUACCCAGAAGCACGAGAAAGUCCUCAUCCUAACACCUCUGGCCCGCUUCUACCCUGGAUACUGGGCCAAUCUCAUGGCACUGUCCUACCCCCACGAGCACAUCAGCCUAGGUUUCAUCACUCCAAAGACGAAGGAAGGCAAUGCGGCAACGGCCGCUCUACAAGAGGCAAUAAGGGAGACACAAUCAGGCCCGGACGAGCUACGGUUUCAAUCAGUGACUAUUUUGCGGCAGGAUUUCGAGCCACCAUUGACUUCCCAGGAUGAAAAGGAGCGCCACAAGAUGGAAAAUCAAAAGGUCCGGCGAGCAUCCAUGGCUCGGGCACGGAAUAGCCUGCUCUUUACCACCAUCGGCCCCCACACAUCUUGGGUGUUGUGGUUGGAUGGCGACGUGGUCGAGAGUCCCCCCACGAUGAUCCAGGACCUGGCCAGUCACGAUAAAGCCGUCAUCGCUCCCAGUUGCAUGCAGAGAUUUGUUAAUGACGAAGGAGAAGAGGAUAUCCGACCCUACGACUUCAACACCUGGCGCGACAGCGACGUGGCACAGGAGCUCGCCAGCAAGAUGGGCCCUGAUGACGUCCUGCUGGAGGGAUAUGCUGAGAUGGCCACUUACCGAACACUCAUGACCAAGCUGGCCAAGAUGGAGAAGGAUCGCGACGAACGGCGUCUGAUGCCCUUGGAUGGUGUGGGCGGGACAGCACUGUUGGUGAAGGCCGAGGUGCACCGAGAUGGGGCCAUGUUCCCUGCCUUUCCUUUCUAUCAUCUUAUUGAGACGGAGGGCUUCGCUAAGAUGGCGAAGCGGCUUGGGUUCGAGAUCUGGGGUCUCCCCGAUUACUUUGUGUACCAUUAUAAUGAAUAG